AUGGUGAAGAGGUCCCAGUUCAUCAUCACACCUGUACUAAUGAUUGUCAUUCAUCAACCUGUCUGUAAGUCUUCUUCAUUCAUAGUCCUACCCUCACCGUCCGUAUAUUUCUCCGCCACCUCAUCUUCCUCGUCCAGUCUGUGUGACCUGUUCCGUGGUGGUGUCUGUUCUCCGCCGAGGGUCAUCUUGUGUCGGCUCUACGUCACAUGUAGGUCAACGACGUCUCCGGCGCGGCGGAUUUCAUCGAUCUAUGGUCCGCGCAUGCGUCACGGCUCCAUUCAACAGUCGACCCUAACCCCCAUCUAA